AUGCUUUCUUUCUUUUUUCUUUCUUUCUUUCUUUUUUCUUUCUUUCUUUCUUCUUUCCAUUUUAACUUCCUAUUAUUUCUCCUUUUUUUUUUUUUUUUUUCUUUCUUUUUCUUUUCUUUCUUUCUUUCUUUCUUCAUUUCAGGCCGUUUUACUUUUUCUCUUUUUCCUUUUCUUUUUUUCUUUCAUAUUCACUCCUUCUUUUUCAGUUUCCUUCUUCAUAAUUUGUUCUUAAUUUUUUUUGUCUUCUUUUUAUCCUUACUAUUUCUGGUUCUUUUUCUACAUGAUUUGCUUCUGUACUUUUUUUUUCUUUCUUCUAUUGUUCUCUUCUUUUUCCUUUGUAUUUCUUUUUCUUCUUCUUUAACUUCUUCCUCAAUUUUUUCUUCUAUUUGUUAUCGUUUAACUUGUCGCAUUUAUAGUUUUUCUGUCAUAUUCUUCUUCCAUUAUUUUUCUUUUCCUUCUUUUAUUUUUCUUUCUUUCUUUUCCUUUUUUUCUUUUUCUUUUUCUUCUUUUCUUCUUCUUCGUGCUAUUUUUCUUUCUUAUUUUUUACCUUCUUUUCUUAGAAUUCUUGUGGACUUUCUUUCUUUUUCUUUUAUUCGCUGUUCUUCUUUUUUUCAUUUUCCUGUUUUAUUUUUCUAG